AUGACGUCAGAAGCAAAAGCACAACUGAAAUUCGAUAAAACGAUUAUUUCUUCUUCAGAACAAUUAAUCUCGACCUCUACUUUGUUAGAUCGUCUAGCAGAAUUACACGAUGAACUUUCUGCAUUGAAUCAAGAAUCUAUUGAACUAUCAAGUCUUGAUCGGUAUCGUGAUGAUUUAAUUAACAGAAAAUUACUAAAACAUAAGGAUACUGGUGUUAAGGCCUUUGUUGCUUGUUGUGUGAGUGAUAUCUUAAGACUAUACGCACCUGAUGCUCCUUACACAGAUACCCAACUCACAGAUUUCUUCAAAUUAGUACUAGUAGAGUUUCAACAAUUAGGUGACCCUGACAAUGGUUAUUAUAUCCAACAAAAAUAUUUAGUACUCAAGCUUUUAGAGUAUCGUUCAAUUGUUUUAAUUGCAGAUUUACCAACUUCUAAUAAAUUGAUUGAAGAACUCUUUACUAUCUUUUAUAAUGAAUCGUUCCAUUAUGAUACCGCUUUAUAUAAUAUAAUGGGUGGUAUAUUAGGUGAAGUCAUUUCAGAGAUAGAUUCUGUACCGAUGCCUGUCUUAAAGAUUAUAUUCAACAAAUUUUUAACUUAUAAUCCCAAUGAGUUACCUCAAGGUUUAGCUGUCGCAUCUAAUUGUGGUUAUGAAUUAAGUUUAUUACUAUGUAACAAUUACACAAGCAGAAUGAGUAGACAAUUGACUAGGUAUUAUUCGGAGAUCCUGUACAGUGUUACCAAUGAUAAAAAUGACCAACAUAGUUAUGAAGCAAAUAUCAAGUUAAGUAGAACAGUUGAGAAACUUCAUAAAUUAGUAGUAAGAUUAUGGGAAACAGUCCCUGAUAUGGUAGCAUCCGUGAUAGGGUUUAUAUAUCAUGAAUUGUCAUCUCAAGAUGAAAUUGUUAGAAAAUUGACUACAAAUUUAGUAGCUCAAUUAUUGGUAUCUAAAUCUGAUGUCAAUUUUGUUACAACUCAAGAAGAUACAUUUAAAGCAUGGUUGUCCAAGAUUGCCGAUGUGAGUUCGGAAGUCAGAAUUGAAUGGAUAGAAUCUAUUCCGAAAAUUAUCAUGAAAAGGGAAGAUAUUUCUGAUGCUAUUGGUAAAGGUCUUGCCAAGACUUUCAUUGAUGCAGAUUAUCGUGUUCGAAAAUUAUCUGCACAGGUAUUUGAUGAAGUACCAGUAUCACAGAUAUGGAGAACUGUUAAAGAAGCAUCAGUUUAUACAUCGUUAUUGCAUUUAACUAGAGAGAAAAAUAGAGAAGUUAGAGAACUAUGUAUUAAAGCUGCAGCUAAGUUUUAUUCCGAAUCUGUGGAUACAGUAGAAAAGACUUCCGAUAAUGAAGAUAUUUGGGAUAUUGUGGAAAACAUACCAAACACUUUAUUCAAUUUGUAUUACAUCAACGAUUUCAACAUUAACGAACAAGUAGAUCAUAUGAUAUUUGAAUAUUUAUUACCUCUUGAAGUUGAUGAUGCAAAGAGAGUUAAGAGACUAAUAACGGUAAUGUCGCAUUUUGAUGAUAAGGCAUAUGCAUCCUUUUUCGCUUUCAAUAAGAGACAAAUGCAAAUGUCAUUAGCACUUGGCAAAUAUAUUGAAUUUUGUCAAAUUUUGGAUAAUACUAAAUCAACUAAUACCCAAGAAACAGAUGUAGAUGACGGGGAUCAUGAUCAAGAUAUUACAGAAAUUACAAUUAAAUAUCAUAAAACUAUUGAGUGGCUAUCUUCAAGUAUGGCAGAAUCUCAAAAGGUAUCAGAAUCCUUAGAGAUCUUAAAAAAAAUGAACGACCCAAGAAUAUUUUUCUUAAUGAAGAGUUGCAUUGCAACUGAAGUACCCAUUGUCACAUUAAAGAAUUGCUUUAAAGAAUUGUUUAAUAAGUUACGUGAUUCAGGUCUUUUCAGAAGAUAUAACAUUCCUACAAUUUCAACCAUUAUGCCAAGAGAUUUAGCUUCCCAUAUAGAAGUUUUUUUGUACAGAUCAGCUCCACUAAUAUACAAUGUUUCAAAUGUCGCAAUGUUCCUUGAUCUUUCGAAUAAAUACGAUACCGAAGAAGUUGAAUUAAAGAGAAAGUUGCUUGAUGAGGUUUCUAGAGUUAAUCCCUCCUUAUUUAAGGAUCAAAUAAGAACUUUGACAGAUAAUGUGAAGGAAUUAGAUAUAUCUGGAGAUACAUCCAAAAAUGAUAUUUCAACACUGAAUGAAACUUUGAAAACUCUUUACAAGAUUUCAAAAGCUUUGCAAGACCAAGUUACUUUCGAUUCCUUUUUCUUAUCAAAACUUCAUGACUUUGCAAUCGAAGGUAAUCCCCUAAUAGCAAAAUAUGCCACUAAAUUGAUUUCCUUAUCACCAGAAAAUGAACAAGAAAUGGAGCGUUUAAAGAGCUACAUAUUACCAUUAGACAAGGAGAAAGACACAUUUUUCACAUCCCACCUUGUAGUUUUGAUGGAAAUUUUCAAAUACUUCCCAAACAUUCUUGAAGAAUCUUCAAUAGAUAUUGUCAGCUACCUUAUAAAAGAAAUUUUAUUAUCGAAUUCAAUUGUCGGGGCUAUUGACAAUGAACUCGAAUGGGUCGACGAUAUUGUCCUAAAUGACACAAAAUCAGGAAACUACUCAUCCUUAACCCCCAAAGUGUACACCUUAAAGCUGUUCACCAACAAGUUAAGAUCGAUUGCAGAUAAGGUAGAAAAUGAUAAAUUAUCAAACAGUUUUGGAGAAAAAAUUGUCAAACUAUUCUUUUAUUUAAUAGCAAGUGGUGGUGAAUUAGUACCUGAGACUAAUGAAGAAAAUUAUCCAACACCAGAGAGCUUUCAAAAGAGACUAAGGCUUACUGCAGGUUUACAAAUAUUGAAACUUGCAAAAAUAUCAAACCUAAAUGAUUUUGUCAGAUCUUCUGAUGUGAUCAAGUUAAUAAACUUGGUUGAAGACGAGUCACUACCAGUUAGAAAAAAUUUCUUAGAUAAACUUAAUGACUACAUAGGUAAUGAAUUAAUCUCCAUUAAGUUUUUACCAUUGGUGUUUUUCACAGCUUACGAACCAGAUAAAGAGUUAAAAGCUUCUACUAAGACUUGGAUUAAUUAUACAGUUAAUAAAGAAUCAUUUAAGAAAGGUACAUUUUUCGAAAGAGUUUUACCUCGUUUGAUCCACGCAAUUGCGCACCACCCAGAUAUUGUUGACGGUUUAGAUGCAAAGGAAACUGAUGAGGAUGAAUUCAGAAACGCUUUGACUACGGCAAUUGACUAUCUAAUUUUCUAUUUUGAUUCAAUUGCUGCCCAAGACAAUUUCAACCUACUUUAUUAUUUAUCUGAAAGAGUUAAGAAUUAUCAGGAUCACGUUACCGAGGAAACGGAAGAAUCCACAAAUGACGAGGAUAAUAAUGUCACCGAGAAUAGUUCUAGCGAUAAAAUGUAUAUGAUCAGUGAGUUAUCUCAAAUGAUUUUGUUGCAAUUGAAAGAAAAAAGAAACUGGCAACAUUCACCGUACCCUGGUAAGUUAAAUCUACCAAGUGACUUAUUUAAACCUUUCCUUUCUAUAGAGGAAGCUAGAACUUCAUUCAAGACCUACAUUGACGAGAAGUAUAUUGAAUCCUUGAAGUCAAAUAUCAAGAUUAAGGUUGGGAAGAUUGUUCAUGCAUCUCAAACUCAAAGACAAAGAGCUCAGAAAAGAUUACUUGCUAGCGAAUAUAAUCAAAAUUCUGACAAAAAUAAGAAGAAUGGGAAGAGAUCUCAAAGAAAAAGAGGUCGUCAUGAUGACGGUGAUGAUGACGAUGACGAUGACAAUUUGUCUGAUGAGAACAAAAAGCCCUCAAAUAUACCAGUUAGAAAGAGUUCUAGAAGGACACGGAAGGUGGACUAUAGAGAUGAUUCGGAUGAUUCAGAUUAG